AUGGCUCUCCUCUCUUCGAAAAUCCCGUCAUUUCUGAUAUUGUGCUCCUUCGUUUUCCUCUCUCUUGUAUUUGCAACCCAGCAAUGCAACCAUCAUCACUUCUCUGCCUUGCUCCAAUUGAAACAGGGCUUUGACUUCUCUUACACCAACAGAAACCUCUCCUCAUGGAAUUCGAACGAUCCCAAUUGCUGCUCUUGGGAAGGCAUCACAUGCCAUGGAGCCACUGGUUACGUGAUCAGUCUCGACCUCGGUGGCCUUUGGAUGAACGGUCGGAUUGAUUUUGAAAGCGUCUUUCGUCUUAGGAAUCUGCAGAGGCUCAACCUCGCUCAAAAUAACUUCGAUCCUACUCCAAUCCCUUCUGAGAUUGACCAGCUCAUCAGUUUGACCCAUCUCAACCUCUCUCAUUCAUCUUUUUAUGGUCAAAUCCCGCCAGAAAUCUUCCACUUGACCGCGUUGGUUUCUCUCGAUCUAUCUUACAAUGAAUACGCCAAUACAUCUGUAUCUCUAUCCCUGAAACUCGAAAACCCAAGCAUUGGAGCACUCGUCCAAAACCUGCCGAGUCUGAGUGAACUCUAUCUGGACUGGGUAGAUAUCCUAGCACUGGGUAGUGAGUCGGUCCAGCCCUUAUUCUUGCCACUCCCUCGUCUCAACAAGUUGAGCUUACGAAAUUGUGGUCUUUCAGGCUCCAUCUAUUCCUUCCUUUCACAGCUUCAUUUCUUAUCUGAACUCGACCUCAGCUAUAACAAUCUAUCCUCUGCAGUGCCCAACUUCACUGGGACUCUCCGAAAGUUGAUCUUACAAGCUUGUGGUCUUUCAAGCUCCAUCUUUUCUUCCCUGUCACAGCUGCAUUUCUUAUCUGAACUUGACCUCAGCUAUAAUAAUCUGGCCUCUGCAGUAGAUUCUCUCCCUAAUCUCAAAUUCUUGACUCAUUUAUACCUCCCCCAGUGCAACUUGUCUGGAUCAUUACCAUCCUCACUUUCAAACCUUACCAAACUGCAAUACUUGGCUCUUUCAUCCAAUAGAUUGAGUGGCCCUAUUCCUUCUUCAUAUGGAAACGAGCUUCUGAAUCUCAAAGUGAUCGACUUAUGGAAUAAUUCGCUUAAUGGGACCAUUCCGUCAUCAUUGUUUUCACUCCCAUCGUUACAAAAGUUGAAUCUCAGAGCUAACCAGCUUAGCGGUGAACUUGGCGAGUUCCACAAUGCCUCUUCUUCACAGCUGGAGAUCAUCUAUUUGAAUAACAAUAACUUGCAAGGGAUUAUUCCGAGAUCAGUCUUUCAACUUAGGAAGCUUAAAGAACUUGAUGUUUCUUUCAACAAAUUCAGUGGUGUUGUGGAGCUAGGCUUAUUUCAAAACCUUAAGAACCUAUUACUCAUCGAUCUUUCAGAAAACAAGUUGUCAGUCCAAGAUGUUGGUGGUAAUUUCACUUUUGUCUCCUUCCCCCAGUUUGAAUAUUUGGGGUUGCGUUCUUGCAACAUCAAUGCAUUUCCAAAUUUCUUGAGAAAUCAAGAGCUGUUGAGGGGACUGGACCUUUCCAACAACAAAAUAAGUGGUGAAAUACCCAAAUGGAUAUGGGAGGUUGGGAAUGGGGCUUUAUUCUCUUUAAAUCUUUCUCACAAUGUUCUACAAGGAGUACUUCCACCAUCUCCCCAUCUUUUGCCGAAUCCCUUGACAAUUCUUGACCUUAGCUCCAACAUGCUAGAAGGCUCACUUCCAAUCCCAUCACCUUCCAUACUUUUCUUUUCAGUUUCAAACAAUAGCCUUGGUGGAGAAAUCCCCCUAUCAUUUUGCAAUGCAAUAGGCCUAACGGUCCUUGAUUUGUCUUACAAUCACUUCAUUGGUCAGGUUCCACCAUGUUUGGGUGAGAUUGGCAAUGCUCUUAUUGUGUUGAAUCUUCAAGGAAAUGCUUUCAAUGGCACCUUGCUUCAGACAUUUAAAGAGGGAUGUAAUAUACAAACUCUCGAUCUCAGUCAAAAUCAAUUUGAAGGUCAAGUGCCAAGGUCUUUGGCCAAUUGCAAAAUGUUGGAGGUAUUAAACCUUGGAAACAAUCAAAUAAAUGACACCUUUCCUUCGUGGAUAGAAGUUUUGCCCCAGCUAUGCGUCCUAGUCUUGAAAUUCAACAAAUUUUAUGGUACCAUUGGGCAUCCUCUAAUAAAUCACCCCUCACCGCUAUUACAAAUUUUCGACCUCUCUUCCAAUAGCUUCGAGGGUAAUCUGCCAUCAAAUAUGUUCAAGAGCUGGAAGGGAAUGAUGAGAGAGAACAAAUUCCAAACUUUGUACCUUGGCAAACCAAUAAUAGGUUCUGUAUACUAUCAAGACAAAGUGUCUAUAGUUAGCAAAGGGCUACAGUUCGAACUGGUAAAGAUCCUCACUGCCUUUACCGUAGUGGAUCUCUCAAAGAACAAAUUCGAAGGGGAGAUCCCAAAAUCAUUUGGGGAUCUAAAGUCGCUCCACGUCCUCAAUAUAUCAUACAAUCAUUUCAUGGGCUCAAUUCCAACGUCAUUCGGAAGCAUAAAGGAGCUAGAAUCAUUGGAUCUCUCGCAAAAUGAAUUGUCGGGUGAAAUCCCUCAGCAACUUACAGAGUUAACAUUCCUUGCAGUGUUAAAUCUUUCACAAAACCAUCUCAUGGGAAAAAUACCACAAAGUCGACAGUUUCUUACAUUUAACAAUGAAUCAUUCAAAGGAAACUUAGGAUUGUGUGGACUUCCACUAUCAAGGAAAUGCAAAGAUAACAAGGGUACAACACCAUCUGCUCUAUCACCAUUGGAAUCUGAAAAGAACUAUGAUUGGGAAUUAUUGUGGAUAGGAUUUGGAGUUGGAUACGGAGUAGGAGUGGGAAUGCUUUUUUGGACUCUAGCACUUUGGAGGAAAGGAAGGAGAGAAUUCUAUAUAUUUUUUGAUAAAAUACUUUUCUUGAUUUUUCCUUCCAUAGGUUUGUAA